AUGGGUCAAAGCAAAAAUCCAGAUCCUCAUGAUCCGCCCGAAGGAGCUACUCAGGUCAAGAUCGAUGGUAAAGUUGAAGGCGUGGUAGCAGGCAGUAUUAGUCUUAGCGGUGGAAAGAACCAAAUCAUAGGGCAGCUGCAUAAGACGGUCCAUAUUGCAGUAAAUUUGGCUGACCAUAUGGUUGGCUACGCUGCAAGAAUUAAAGGUGCCGACGUACGCAUGAGGGACAUAGCUGAUCGAAUCCGAGCUACAUCGUCAAUUUUGCAUGGGAUCGAGAUCCUGUUCGAGCAGCUCUCAUCAGAACCCAAAGAAGGAUUUUCGAAGGUCCCCGAUGCAGCUAAUGAUCUCUACGCUGAAAUACAGAGCUGUGAGACAUGGCUUGGAGGUGUCGGAAAGCAAAUGUCGGAUUUCAUGGAAGGCGUUCCCGCUCCAAAACGGGUUGAGGGGAAAGUGAGAGAGAAAGUCGAGUUGGCACAAGAGAGCCUUGUCCUGCUCGAAACGAAGAUUGCAACCGUGGAACUCGGCAUACAAGACCAUAAAGUGAAUCUACAAAUCCGGCUGUCGAUAUUCUCUCUGUCGUUCUCGAAUCAAAAGCCAGACCUUACUUGGAGCGACGUGAUUAGUGAUAUGCUCAGUGAGCUCAGACGCAUACUUUCGGAGUUGGACUUGCUUCGAAAUGGCACAGAGCCGAAAACUUUGCACUCUCCUGCACUCGGUGCUUCAAAUGCUUCGAAAAUAGGCCUAGUGCCGGCACCCGCAGCUUUCAAUCCUCGCUACGCCGGCUGGCUUAUCCAGAACGGGUCCCCACAUGCAAAGAAAAGUGAUGCAAAGAUUCGAUCUUGGUUGAAACCAGGUGUCACGCCAUUAGCCUUUUCGAGCGAACAAUUGUACCUCCAAGUCGUAGGCCUGAUGGUCGAGGACGGCAAGAAGAAUCAAACAUUACAUAGUACAUACGAGAGGUUGGGACCACAAAGGCAAAGCGCCAUAUUGGACCUUCUUGCUCAAGAAAAUCAGGAAUUACAAAAGGAGCAACCUGUCCUUGAGUGGAAACUGGCCAGUAUCCGGCCGCAAAUGCACCGCAUUGACCGAUAUCAGAGGGAAAUCGUUUCUAUGCUAGUCAUUCUCAAGACGGAAUUGAAGCCGCAUGUUGAUUGGGAGAGUUUGAAGGGUCCCCAGGUGCCCCAUUUGCGAGGAGGCACACUUCAGGGGCUCGGCAUGUUCGUCCGCCACGACGCCACGGGCGGGAUCAUGAACACCAUCGAGAAAUGCCGGAAGAAAUGCCACGCAUUUACAAUGCAUAUGCUGGCCCCAGCCACGGGCGAGAAAGGCCACAAGAAAUGCCACGCAUUUACAAUGCACAUGCGGGCCCCAGCCACAGACGGGAUCAUGAAUACCAUCGACAAAUGCCGGAAGAAACCCCACGCAUCAACAAUACACAUGCAGGGCCCAGCCACAACGCCAGACAUCAACAUCAUCAGAGAACUGAAGCUUCUUCCGAAAGAUUUCAACAGCAGCAAUCUUUCACUCGCCCUGGGUUCACUCACGGUACUGGUGCUUCUGUAUACGGCACUUCUGGAGGACAGCAAUAUGCCACCACCGGUACUUUGGCAUAUGGCACUUCUGGGGGACAUCAAUAUGCCACCACCGGAACACAUGCAGGCGUUACCUUCGCGGCGCCCGGGCAUGGGGAUACAGGUAUGCCCGCUCAUAAUGCCGGCGACACAUAUACAGGCACUGCUCAAGGGCCAACUGCAGCGCAUCCGACCGACAAUUCCGAUGUAG